GUCUUCCUCUGUGUCCUCAGAAAGUAAGUUUCCUUAUCACCCGGAAGUCAUGAAUCCACGGAGUGGCCAAACACAGCAGAACUGAUGCAAGAGUCCAGGACAGGGGAAGCUGCAGGUGUGUUUGUCCUGGGAGGGGUGGUCCCCCUCCACCCCCUCCCUCUCCUCAGGAGGUAUAAAGGCUCGCCACCAGCGAUGCAAGCACGCUUCUCCACCAUGCAUCCCCUGCUGAUCCUUGCCUUUGUGGGAGCUGCUGUGGCUUUCCCCUCGGACGACGAUGACAAGAUCGUCGGGGGCUACACCUGCGCAGAGAAUUCCGUCCCUUACCAGGUGUCCCUGAAUGCUGGCUACCACUUCUGCGGGGGGUCCCUCAUCAGUGACCAGUGGGUGGUGUCCGCGGCUCACUGCUACCAAUACCGCAUCCAGGUGAGGCUGGGAGAACACAACAUUGACGUCGUGGAGGGUGGUGAGCAGUUCAUCGACGCGUCCAAGAUCAUCCGCCACCCCAGGUACAGCAGCUGGACCCUGGACAAUGACAUCCUGCUGAUCAAACUCUCCACGCCUGCGGUCAUCAAUGCCCGGGUGUCCACCUUGGCUCUGCCCAGUGCCUGUGCUCCCGCGGGCACCGAGUGCCUCAUCUCCGGCUGGGGCAACACCCUGAGCAGUGGCGUCAACUACCCGGACCUGCUGCAAUGCCUGGAGGCCCCGCUGCUGAGUCACGCCGACUGUGAAGCCUCAUACCCUGGAGAGAUCACUAACAACAUGAUCUGUGCUGGCUUCCUGGAGGGAGGCAAGGAUUCCUGCCAGGGUGACUCUGGCGGCCCUGUGGCUUGCAACGGAGAGCUCCAGGGCAUUGUGUCAUGGGGCUAUGGUUGUGCCCAGAAGGGCAAGCCUGGGGUCUACACCAAGGUCUGCAACUACGUGGACUGGAUUCAGGAGACCAUCGCUGCCAACAGCUAAAGACCCCCCCCCCCCCGCCCCGUGCCAUCAUUAUGCUAAUAAAGUGACUGCUCUAUCUGCC